AAAAAAUUUAAUAAAUUUAUUCAAUCUUGUUAUUUAGGUAUUUAUAAUUUUUUUAAUAUAAAUAAAAUGUUAAAAAUUAGUGAAGUUUGUUGUGAAGACGAGUAUGAUUCAAUGAAAAAUUAUGAAAAAACUCCAGUACUAAUGAAACGUGCACCAUUUUGGUCUGGUGCAGCUGUACAAAAUGCUAAACUUGUUAAUAUAUCAAUGAAAGAUUUUAUAAAUAAAUACAUGGUGCUAAUAUUUUAUCCAUAUGAUUUUACAAUUGUUUGUCCAUCUGAAUUGAUUCAAUUCAGUGAUAGAUUUGAGGAAUUUCAAGAUUUGGAUAGUGAGUUGAUAGCAGUAUCAACAGACUCACAGUAUACACAUUUAGCUUGGACAACAACACCACGACAAAACGGUGGUUUAGGAGGAAUGAAUAUACCAAUUUUAUCUGAUAAAAAUCAUCGUAUAUCAAAACGUUAUGGUGUACUUGAUGAGGAACUUGGUGUACCACAUAAAGCAAUAUUUAUCAUUGAUAAUAAACAAAUACUUCGUCAUGUAUCAACAAGUGACAUGGCUAUUUCUCGAUCAGUUGAUGAAGUACUGAGAGUUAUUAAAGCAUGUCAAUUUGUUGAUAAAUAUGGUAAUGUUUGUCCAAUGCGUUCACCAUGUGAUGAUGAUACUUGCGAGUCAAAAAAUACUAAAGAUAAUGAUUAACAACUUCAAAUAAUAAAAGCAAAAAAAUUAUUUUCUUUACUUUUUUUUGUCUCGUUAAUUUUUUAAUAAAUAUAUUUUCUUUUUUUUUUCAAUUAAUUUAUAUAUUUUUCUGGACUCAUUAUUGAGA